UGACAUCAGGUCUCACGGAUUUCAAUUCCUGGAUGGCGGGCCAGAGUUAAUCCCACUUCCACGCCGGAUUUCUAAAAAGGGGACUGGCUGGCAAAAAAGGGACGACAACACCGGAAUGAGGAAAUUGACGAGGGCCAGUCAUGUGCAAAAACAAAGUUGUUCAUCGCAGAUAACCAUCCAACCUGAUGAGCGGCGGGCCACUCCGCUCAAGUCUCAGCGAGGCUCCGGCAGCCCCUCCAUCUCUCUCCCUCUCCCCCUCUCUCUCUCUCUCUCUCUCUCUCUCUCCGUCGCCCUCUGUCUCUCUACCUCUCUCUCCCAGCUCCGGCUCCUUCUCCGCAUGCAGCGAUGUCCUUUCUGCUCAUCACGGUGUUGUCCUCCCUCGCGGUGCACCGUGCCGAGGCGUGGGGCGCCAGCGUCAAGUAUGCGGUGAACUGCCCGGAUCGGUGCAACCCGGAGCGGUGCGGCGGGACGCAGCGGUGCGCACGGACCGUCCUGGACGACUGCGGCUGUUGCCAGGUCUGCGCAGCCGGCAGAGGGGAGCACUGCUACCGCACGGUGUCGGGGAUGCACGGGGUGAAGUGCGGACCGGGAUUAUUCUGCGAGUUCUACAAGGACGAAGACGAUUACGGGGAUGAAUAUGGAAUAUGCAAAGACUGCUUGUACGGAACCUAUGGAGUUGAGUGCCGAAAGACAUGCAAUUGCAAAGGAGGCAUAUGUGACAGGGAGAAUGGAGCAUGUCUCACCCUCUCCUUCUUUGCCAAAAUCGCCAGCAAGCUCAAGACUGAACCCCAAACAGGGACCGAGGUGGGCUCAGGAGAAAUCAGCACAGUCCACAACACGGAUCAGCUCACAGACAGAUCCACUGCUCCAAAGCGGCUUAACCCUCGCUGACAAAGUGCUGACCAGACUGAAUCUGUUCAGUGUAAAUGUAGCAUUAACUUAUAAAUGAACUGAAAGAUAGGCUAUAUUUUAUUAUGUUAAACAACGGGAAAAACUUUUUUACGGUGUUUGCAAGUUUUUGUUCAGUUCGGUUGGUCCGUGUUUGACCUCCAUCUUUUUUAAUGAAAUAUGCCAACAGUGUUAUUUUAUUUGCGUUAUCUUUUUUUUGUUUUGUAUGAGUUUCUGUCGUAAAUUAAUCAUAACUAAGUGAAGGAAGUUCACAAUUGCUUUAGCAUCAUUUACUGUGUCUUCAUAUAUCAUAGGAUGUAUGUUUCUGGAUAAAAGAAACGUUCCUUUUUAUUAUUAACUUCAGCAACAGUUUUUUUUUCUCCUUGAGCAAGUCAACUUUUUUUGUUUGCACUGUAUAUAUGAAAAGUCACCAUGGACUAUAUAAUGUGUUUGACACCAGCCAUUGUAAAAGCAACAAAAAAUGCUCUUGAAAAUAAACCAAAGU